CGGACUCGAUGCGGUAGCUGCUUUUACGAGCCCAAUUCGCUACAAUGAGCGUCACACGACCGGCGAGAUGCCUUUUCUGUACCUUUUCGAAACCUAACCUCGUCCUCUAUCCACGCCGGCAAUUCCACUCCACCCCAAUACCGUGUGCUCCCCGGAAACCUAAGCAUCAAAAUGUCAAGGCUUCGGAUGUUGAAGGAUGGUUAAAGCAAAAUGUCGCAAAAUCAAAGGCUUAUUCUGAAGAAGAAAAGGCGCAUAUGAAGAAAGAAUAUUCGCCAGAACAAAUCAAGGCCAUUGAGGCCGGAGAGAAAGCCAUUCCUGAUGAGGAUGUGGAAAAACAAUUCACAUUGAGAGAUGACCCAUGGGCACUGAAAUAUGUGGAUGAUUUUUCUACCAUUGAACCCGUUGUUGACCACCACAUUCGCGCUCCUAUCACAAACAGUGAUCCCAACUCCCGCUUGAAAACCGACGAUGAAUUGGCCGAAGACCUUGCCAAGUUCGUAAAGGACAUGCCAGAAGAACCUUCAGUAGUGGAUUUGAUAAAAUUUUUCGACAACACACGACUGACAGCCGGCAAGGCAGAGGCUGAGCUCAAUCCCCACAGUUCACUCGUACCAGACCUUUUCGAAUCAGGCGAAAACUUCACCAACAUAGGUCGUCAUGUAACUCCUCCGCCAUUUCAGCUUGAGAAGCCUGCGCCUGAAGUCUCGGACUCGGUGAAAAGGCUGAUGGCACUGACUGGCUAUGAUGCAAGCCACAUUGAUCGGAUACAAACCAAGGUCCUUGUUUGUCACAGCGUUGUCAAUCAAACUCGUCUUGGAAAGAUCCAAAAAACCUACGUUCUUGCUAUCGCAGGUAAUAAAAAUGGACUUCUUGGAAUUGGUGAAGGCAAGUCAGAGGAAAUGGAUGCUGCCCGAGCCCAGGCUGAAUAUCGAGCCAUUCGCAAUAUGCAGCCUGUUCCAAGAUAUGAGAGGCGAACAAUAUAUGGAGAUGUGAAAGCAAAGGUCGCAGGAACAGAGUUGGUACUGAUGAAUCGACCACCAGGAUUUGGUCUUCGCUGCUCGCAACGUAUCUGGGAAAUGUGCCAACUUGCCGGAAUCAAGGAUCUGGCAGCCCGUGUUUCUCGCUCUAGAAACCCGAUGAACUCGGCAAAGGCAGCCUACAAGGCAUUGAUGAGCCAGAAAAACCCCGAUGACGUUGCUCGAGCUCUAGGGAAGAAGCUCGUCGAUGUGAGAAAGGUGUACUACGCCGGAAGAGUCUGA